GCAGCACAAAAACCUCUCCCGUACGGGUCAAAAGCACAAGACCAUCAGGGCACGCUGACAAUGGUUCUCACAGCAGGGCGAUAGACGGUACACUCUUGUAGCAAGAUUCUAUCAAUCAACCGUUGGAAACUUGCAACAUGUUUCACUUAGACGAGGCGUACUACUACAAACACUACAAGGAAGAGAGAGCCGGGCAAUUCUUGGUCUUAGGCAAGGCGCUCAAGCGGACAGAUCUCGACGAAUUCUUCAAGAAGAAGGAAACUGCAGCCAGUAAAUCUACAAGGAGCAAGACAAGACUUCCGUCUAUCAGAUCGUCUCAACAAGAAGAGACAGCGGAAGAAGAUGAAGACGUUAUUGAGGACUUGUUGACGGGGAGUUGGAAGAAGGAGAGUUUGACCAAGCGGUUUCGGCGGCGUAGAGCCGUACAGAGGAAAAGCCGUGGUGUGGAAUCACUAAACCAGAUGUUCGUUACCCACACGGGCCUUCUGAUACGGCCAUAUGAGAAGUUUAAGAGAAUCGCACAGGCUGUCCGCAUCAUCACGAAGACAUGCAUUUCACUCAAGAGCUACAUCAGUGGCGGAGAGACGAAGGAAUGGUCUCUGGUGGAAAUGCAGCUGAACCUACAGAAGGACUUUAACCAGUCUCUGUACUUCAACAGGGACAUGUUCAGCAAACUCAGAGUGCUGCUGGCCCUGUUGAGACAUCACAAGUCGUUCCAGGACUACCCAACUCACACACAGAUCCUCCUGUCUCAGAUCAUGAUCUAUCAGAAUUACGAGGCCCGGCGGAUCGUUCUGAAGCAGGGACACAGACCGUUCUGUUUCUACAUCAUCCUGUCCGGCACCGUGCUCAUCAACGUGAAGGAGAAGGACGAGCGGACCGGUAAAACCUUCGUCAGGACCGUCAGGGAGCUCAGCGGGGGAGACGUGUUCGGGGAGACUGCCAUGAUGAGUGACGGUGUCCGGGGUACCACGGUGGUCUGUAAGGAUGAGGUGGAACUACUGGUCAUAGAGAAGGAGGAUUUUAACACAAUCAUCAGAGAACCUCUAGAGAAACAAAGAGAAGAACAUGUGCAGUAUGUCCGAGAUUUACCGUUGUUUGAGGACUGGCCGGUUGAACUGCUUCGGACUGUCAACCAUCAGUUUAUGUACCAGUAUUACAAAAAAGGAAAUGUCGUUGUGAAAAACUGGAAGGAGAAUAACUACCUCGUCAUAGUGAAAUCGGUGUACAGAGAAGACAAGUCUGUCAGUCCUGACAUCUUCACACAGUAUGAGGAGCAGAAGAGACGAAGAAAAAUGUCGAACCCAUUGGAAGCGAUGGAACGUGCCAACAAGGACAUCUCACCACACUGGGUCCGGGGCAAGUCACGUGGACAUCCGGAUGGACAGAAACCUAAAAGCAGCCGAAGUCAGGACGGGAAGGGCACGACAGUACAGCUGAACGUGAGUGACGGCACGGCCAGGGUGUGGAGGAGAAUAUCGUUCGGCGCCAAAACAUCCGAGGACAGAGCGAGACGAGAAGCCAUAGCCGAGGCGCAGAGACAAUGGCGGUACAGAUAUGCUGAAGUCGCCACACUGGGAGAGGGUUCUGUAUUCGGUUUGGAAACGCUAAUGCAGAAGCCGAAAGUAAAGUUGAGCUUGAUCAGUGACGAUGCGGAGUGUAUCCUACUGUCCAAACAGCUGUUUCUGAAGGAGGCCACGCCGAAGUGUCUUCGGUGUGUCAAUGACAUGCUGACCCAGUACCCGUCUCUGGAGUUUGUUCGGCAGCAGUUGCAACAACAGAAGGACUGGGUAGCCUACAAGUCCAGUAUCACACAGGACAUUAUCAACCGGAAAUGGCCUGGGGCAAGUCCCAGGUGACGUCACUUCCCUUUUUGACGUCAGACUGUCAAACAGAGCCACCUAGCGAGACCUGUGCAUGACUGCAGCCGCUAUACAUCAGCACCUGAUGCCUGCGGAUGAUUGAUUGAUUGAUUGAUUGAUUGAUUGAUUGAUUGAUUGAUUGAUUGAUGAGAAUAAAGACUUUACACGUAUUGAGAUGGCGAGGCUGCUAUGUGUAAAUUUGUUAACAUUUUUUGUUCACAAACGAUGGAACGAAGCACUGUAUAUGGCGAAAAUCAAAGCGGUGUAAAUGUUUUUGUACUUUUUUUUCUAUUUUACAGGUAUGAAAAUCAUGACAAAAUCGUAAAGCUUAGCACACCUAAAACUCAGGCAAGCUUAAUAGACUAAGCCUGAAGCUCCGCCCACCUCUGUCAAUUAAAUAUUUGACGGACAUGCAGCCACUCUCUCUUAUUAGUCGAACCACUAAUUGCCAUUCUCUG